UCUGGAAUGAUGACAACUGAAGAAUUCAAAGUUGACGACAAAGGCCAGAUCGCUUCUGUAGGUCCACUUAACUACAAAGUCCCAGGGAUAAGAAACAUCCCAAGGCAGAUGAAUGUCAAGCUCCUCAAAUACGGUGAAGGUCCGAAGACAGUCUACUCGGCCAAGGGCAUAGGGGAACCGCCACUUCUCCUGGCAGCAUCGGUGUUUUAUGCUAUCCGGGACGCAGUAUUGGCCGCAAGGAAAGAGGAAAACCUUACCGAGGACUACUUCUUUAAAUGUCCGGCGACCGUAGAGAGAAUUCGUAUGGCUUGCCAAGACAAAAUUACCCAGAAGGUGAAAAAUUAGUACAUUAACGUGUUAUUGUUGUUAUUGUAAGUUAAGUAAGCUUCGUUAACUUCAGUCAUCAUAAUGUUUUUUGUACAGUUGCUAGGCAACCAGCAACGACACAUAAUCUAAAACCAGUAUUCUUGCAAUAAAAGAAUUCAA